CGACCUGAUCUCGGUGCCCCCUUUUCAACUUCGUGGGCCGUGGAUUAGCCGUCGCGCCAAUAUGCAGGCAAGCAGCGCCGCAUCGUGGAACGACCAUCACACCCAAUCAUAAAAGCUGUGUGCCCAAACCGAUCGGCAGUGUUAUUUCAAUUGAUCUUGGCUGUUGGAAUCGGUUUCCUAGUCUUUAUUUACCGGCUCGGCCUCCUUCCACUCUUCCUCUGUUAUCUGCGUGAGCGUUCUGCCAACAACCUCACAGUCUAGGCCAUUCCCGAGAUGACCCUCAGACGCCUUAUUUUCCCGGCCAUGGCCAGCUUUGUAUUCGCAGAGAGCAGCAUCACUACGAUGUACUUCCCUGACUUUGGGGGGCGUCCCUCCCUCCAAGCCUCGAUCGUCGGCAACGUGAGCACUCCCAGUAUGGAUCAUCCGAUGUCCGAUGUCUUGCUAACACCACUGAGCUACAUCGUGAACGGCGACAACGUUACCGUGGUGGACGCAUGGACAGAAGACCCGACACGUCUUCGAAGCAUUACGUGCUCGCUUGACGGGACCUCCACUGCCUUUUGUAGCUGGAUGUCAGGAGGGAGAUGGCAAAAGGCGACGGAUAGUGAAAUGGUCACGCAGCUGUCGCCAGUGACAGUGAGGGCAGGGAAGGUUACUGGGGCGGCCAGUGCUUCGCAGACUGAAAGUUCGGAUCCGAAAGAGACUGCGUCUGAAACUGGGCCUGACGCUGCGACGGCUACUCCGACUGGGGGUGCGAGCAGGAUGAGACGGCGUGGUUGGGAUGGCCUUUGGGUUGGCUUAGUAGGAGUUGUGUUAAUAUGAGAGUUAAUAUAAGAGUUAAAGGACAACAGAAGGGAAAUCAAUUUGCCUUCCAGCCUUCGAACAUCUGAACUGCCAACUGCCCAGAAGCUAGAGGGUGCUUAGCGUGCUUAGCGUGCUUAUCAUGGAUGCUUGGUUGGCCAAGGUGAAUCCUUUCGCUGUGUGUCGUUUUCUGGCGACUGUGAUUGCGUGGAGGCAGAUUGCGUGAUAAGCCUCCCCUUAUCUUCUUUCAC